UCCGCCCCGCGACAAGAUGGCGGUGCCCGCGCCGUGCCACGCAGACUUCCGCCCGGCGCCGAGGUCCGGGGUCGACCGCGGGUCGCCUCGGAGGUGAAGUCGGGACGUGCGUGGUGCGGAGCUGCAGCCUGGGUGCGCUGGGGCACCAUGUCAGAAGGAAACGCCGCGGGCGAGCCCAGUGCUCCAGGAGGGCCCCGACCCCUCCUUUCUGGGGCGCGGGGGCUUAUCGGGCGGAGGCCGGCGCCUUCCCUCACCCCGGGUCGCCUUCCCUCCAUCCGCUCCAGGGAUCUCACCCUCGGGGGAGUCAAGAAGAAAACCUUCACCCCAAAUAUCAUCAGUCGGAAGGUCAAGGAAGAGCCCAAGGAAGAAGUAACUGUCAAGAAGGAGAAGCGUGAUAGGGAUAGAGACCGACAGCGAGAGGGCCAUGGACGGGGCCGGGGGCGCCCAGAAGUGAUCCAGUCCCACUCUAUCUUUGAGCAGGGCCCAGCUGAAAUGAUGAAGAAAAAGGGGAACUGGGAUAAGACGGUGGAUAUGUCGGACGUGGGGCCCUCUCACAUCAUCAACAUCAAAAAGGAGAAGAGGGAGACAGAUGAAGAAACAAAACAGAUUCUGCGUAUGCUGGAGAAGGAUGAUUUCAUCGAUGACCCUGGGCUGAGGAAUGACACUCGAAACAUGCCUGUGCAGCUGCCGCUGGCUCACUCGGGCUGGCUUUUUAAGGAAGAGAAUGAAGAACCAGAUGUUAAACCUUGGCUGGCUGGCCCCAAGGAAGAGGAUAUGGAGGUGGACGUGCCUGCUGUGAAAGUGAAAGAGGAGCCGCGAGAUGAGGAAGAGGAGGCCAGGAUGAAGGCUUCUUCCAGAGCAGCCAGGAAGACCCCGGGCCUCCCGAAGGACGUGUCCGUGGCAGAGCUGCUCAGGGAGCUGAGCCUCACGCAGGAGGAAGAGCUGCUGUUCCUGCAGCUGCCAGACUCACUCCCUGGCCAGCCGCCCACUCAGGACAUCAAGCCUAUCAAGGCAGAGGUGCAGAGCGAGGACGGACAGAUGGUGGUUAUAAAGCAGGAGAAAGACCGGGAAGCCAGGCUGGCAGAGAAUGCUUGUACCCUGGCUGACCUGACAGAGGGUCAGGUCGGCAAGCUGCUCAUCCGCAAGUCAGGGAAGGUGCAGCUCCUCCUGGGCAAGGUGACUCUGGACGUGACCAUGGGGACCACCUGCUCUUUCCUGCAGGAGCUGGUGUCCGUGGGCCUUGGAGACAGUAGGACGGGUGACAUGACAGUCCUGGGACACGUAAAGCACAAACUUGUAUGUUCUCCCAAUUUUGAAUCCCUGUUGGAUCACAGACACCGGUAAAAUGAGCAGAUGGAGGGUGGUGGUGAUCGUGUCCACAGCUGCUGCCUGCCCAGACGUUUUGUUCUCAAAUCUGUUCAGCCCAGAAGGCGCCUGUUUAGCCCACCCGCUCCAGCCAUUGUCCCAGUUUUCCGCACAUGGCUCCUUCCCGCAGCAGCUGUGAACGGCGCAGUGACCUUCCCACAGCACAGAGACUGCACACCCUCGCUGCUGGGGGGCUUGUCCCUGCUAUUUAUUUUUAUAUUUAUGGCUUAGCUCUUCAACUGACUGCAUCCUCCCACGGUCUGGGAAAGGACGGGCUCCUUCUCUGGUGACGUCUUUGUUCUCAGGGUAGGAAGUGUACGGACAGCUGCUGCUCCCUCCUUCCCCCCAAGAGGCGGCGCCAGAGAGAGAGCAGGGACUUCUGAAUCUGAGACUCAGCCCCAGCUCUGUCCAUUACUAGUUGUGUGACUGGACAAACUACCUAACGUUUCUGAGCCUCAUACUCCUCAUCUGACAAAAAUGAGGACCAUACCUACCUCACAGGGUUGGCAUGAGGAAGCAGCGGAAUAUUGUCGAUGAAAACUUGCACAAGGCCAGACAUACACAGUAGGCGCUCAAUAAAUGUUAGUUUAGUUUCCCU